GCAAAGGUAGCCGUUUUCUUUAGCUUCUAUAUCACUCAAUCUCUCUCAAAAAGACCAAUAUAUGAAAGAUGCUUCUCCUCUCUCUUCUUCUGCAUAUAUACAUACAUAGAUAGAUACAUACAUAGAGAAACAUUCUUUGGUGAAGCAUUUCAUUUUCUUCACUAAACCAUUCAAAGAGCAGGGAGAAUGAGUUCAUCUUCUGGUCAAAGCAGUAGCUAUGACCUCUCUUUCAAGAUCUUGUUGAUUGGUGAUUCUGCUGUUGGAAAAAGUAGCUUAAUUGUUAGCUUCAUCUCUGGUUCUGUUGAAGAUAUUGCUCCCACAAUUGGUGUUGAUUUUAAGAUCAAGCUUCUCACAGUAGGUGACAAGAGAUUGAAACUAACUAUUUGGGACACUGCUGGGCAGGAAAGAUUCAGAACUCUUACUAGCUCUUACUAUAGAGGAGCGCAAGGAAUCAUUCUCGCUUAUGAUGUAACAAGAAGAGAAACAUUUACAAACUUAUCAGAGGUGUGGUCUAAAGAAGUGGAACUGUAUUCAACUAAUCAGGAUUGUGUGAAGAUGCUAGUUGGAAAUAAAGUUGAUAGGGAAUCUGAACGGGCUGUGAGCACAGAAGAGGGUUUAGCACUUGCAAAAGAAUUUGGAUGCUUGUUUUUUGAAUGCAGUGCCAAAACUCGAGAAAAUGUAGACAAGUGCUUUGAGGAACUUACACAAAAGAUAAUGGAAGUUCCUAGUCUUUUGGAAGAAGGAUCAAUAUUAGUGAAAAGGAAUAUUUUAAAGCAAAGACAGGAACCACAGACAUCCCAAGAUGGUGGUUGUUGCAUCUAAAAUGUUGUAAAGUGGACAUUUGAGUCUUAACUAUCACAUCAUGAACUGAUCCUCUUAUGUAAUCUUCCAUAGUUUCUUAUUGGCACCAAUGUCUUUUGGUUGCUCAAUUAAAUGUACCAUAAACUUGCCUGUAUAAAUUUCUUCCAUAGUAUACAACAAUGAUGACAAUUUGCCGGUAUAAA